AUUGUGAUGACAGUAAUGCCCUUAACCUUUGAGCCACGUGUCCAUACGCAGAAGCUUUACAAUGCUCCCGACCGCACCCUAUCACGACGUGCAAAGAAGCCAGAGCCAAAAUCCAAUAGGCAAAUCCAAUACGAAAGAAGCACCUCAUCCUCUUCUAUCUCAUCCCUACUACAACUAUAUUCUCUGAUAACGGAACAAACCUCACCAACCAUGAUGAUCCUCGAGCCUCCCAUCGCCGUCAGAUUCCACGUCGCCGCCACCGCCACUCGCUCUUCCGCCGCCGCCGCAUCUCAUAAUAGUAACCGUUCAAUGUGGAGCACGGAAGAAGUGAACGGUGGUGUGGGUUAUGUGGCUUCGUGCAGGCUCGCUUGCAGUUGCGGUUUCGACGCGCCUUGGUUAAGAAGUAAAAAAUAUACCAGCACUCCUUUGACGAGACGGAACAAACUUGUAAAGAAUAAAAUUCGAGCAUCAUCAGAGCAUCCGGGUUCAGCUCAAAAUAAAAAUGAGAAGGCAUCCUAUCAUCCAUCUGAGGAUAUUGCUGCGUCAACAUCAGAGAAUAGUGGAGAUGCUAGGCUUACUGCUGCAGAAACAAGUAGAACAAUCAUUGAGGUUAACAGCAAAGCAACACUGAUGUUCUCAAGUAUUAUUAGUGAUGAAUUUCAUGAAAAUAUUGUUUGGCCAGAUAUGCCGUAUUUGACUGAUGAGCAUGGAAAUAUAUACUUUCAAGUAAAGAACAGUGAAGAUGUUUUGCAGUCCCUAACUUCAGAAAAUAAUUUUGUGCAAGUCAUUGUUGGUGUGGAUACCAUGGAAAUGAUCUCCGAGAUGGACUUAUCAGGUCCUUCAGAAAUUGACUUCGGGAUUGAAGAAAUUGAUGAUCAAGAUGCUGAUGAUUUAGAUGAUGAUGAUGAAGAAGAUGAAGAUGAAGAUGAAGAUGAUGAUGAAGAUGAAGAUGAGAAUGAGGAUUAUGAUUCGGAAUGGGUAGCUGUUCUUUCAGAUGACGAUGAGCAAGAGGAUUCUGAUGAAUCACUUGCAGACUGGGCCAAAUUGGAGACUAUGCGAUUUUCUCAUCCAAUGCAUUUUGCCAACAAGUUGGCGGAGGUUGCUUCAGAUGAUCCAAUUGAUUGGAUGGAGCAGCCUCCAGCUUGUGUAGCUAUUCAAGGGAUUAUAAGACCUGCUUUUGUUGAAGAUCAUUCUACAAUACAGAACCACAUAUCUGCCAAACAAUCCAGCAAUAUUGAAAUAAGUAAAUCCAUAGAAAAUAAAGGGGAAAAUGUUAGUGCGAUUAAUGGUCACGUGGAUAAUUCAGUGUCAUCUAGAGAUAAUCCAGGACAACAGUUGGAAAAUAACAGGAACAGUGAUAUCCCUUUUAAUGAGACUUCAUUUUACAGAUUGGAGAUGAUUAAGAUUCAAGUGUUUUCUGCACAAGGAGAUCCUACUAUACUUGAAUUAGAAGACUACAUGAAAGCUCAACCCGAUGCUAUUGCAAAGUCAGCUGCCAAAAUUAUAUCUCGUUUGAAAGCUGGUGGAGAAAAGACCUUACAAGCCCUUAAGUCUCUCUGUUGGAGAUGUAAAGGUGUUCAAGUGGAGGAGGCAAAACUUAUCUGCGUAGACUCCCUUGGGUUUGAUCUCAGGGUUUGUUCGGGAACUCAAAUCCAAACACUGAGAAUCACAUUCAAGAAAAGGGCGACGUCAGAAUACAGUGCUGAGAGACAACUCAAUGAUUUACUAUUUCCCAGAACUCACCCAAAGCACCAAAAAUCGAAGCAAGCACAUCAAAAUGAAUGCUAAAUCGUCCGAAUGUCCGCGUGAAUGUUGUAUGGCUUGUGUGCCUUUGGCCAAUGAUUAUGUACAGAUGUGAAAGGCAGGGAAAAAGAUCCCACAAAAGCCAAUCAGGUUGUGUAAUUUUUGUUGCAUUUUUAUUCAAUAAUUGGAAGUAAUGUUUUCCUCUAUUGCUUCA